AACAAUAGGAAACGUCAAAACGCAAACGGUCGGCAGCUCUGGCUCCUGCAGCUCGCGGUGUUCUGCGUUCGGAGGGGUCUGGUACUGUUUCUGGUCCUCCCACUGCCGUCACUUCUACCAGCGUGAACAAGUAAAGUUUGAACCGGCUUCUUCAUGGCCUGGGCACCAGUUCCCGGCUGAACUAUUUUAUUUUUGGCUAGAAGCCCCCGCCCAGAGGCCGAUUCGUCGCGGCGGCGGUGGAGGUCACAGGUCGCUCAGCCUUGCAGAUGGGUCAGGGGCUGUGGAGAGUGGCCAGAAACCAGCAGCUACAACAGGAAGGCUAUAGUGAGCAAGGCUACCUCACCAGAGAGCAGAGCAGGAGAAUGGCUAUGAGCAACAUUUCUAACACCAAUCAUCGCAAACAAGUCCAAGGAGGCAUUGACAUAUAUCAUCUUUUGAAGGCAAGGAAAUCUAAAGAACAGGAAGGAUUCAUUAAUUUGGAGAUGUUGCCUCCUGAGCUAAGCUUUACCAUCUUGUCCUACCUGAAUGCAACUGACCUCUGCUUGGCUUCAUGUGUUUGGCAGGACCUCGCUAAUGAUGAACUUCUCUGGCAAGGGUUGUGCAAAUCCACUUGGGGUCACUGUUCCAUUUACAAUAAGAGCCCACCUCUAGGAUUUUCCUUUAGAAAAUUGUAUAUGCAGCUGGAUGAAGGCAGCCUCACCUUUAAUGCCAACCCAGAUGAGGGAGUAAAUUACUUUAUGUCCAAGGGUAUUCUAGAUGAUUCACCAAAGGAAAUAGCAAAGUUUAUCUUCUGUACAAGAACACUAAAUUGGAAAAAACUGAGAAUCUAUCUUGAUGAAAGGAGAGAUGUCUUGGAUGACCUUGUAACAUUGCAUAAUUUUAGAAAUCAAUUCUUGCCAAAUGCACUGAGAGAAUUUUUUCGUCAUAUCCAUGCCCCCGAAGAGCGUGGGGAGUAUCUUGAAACUCUUAUAACAAAGUUCUCACAUAGGUUCUGUGCUUGUAACCCUGAUUUAAUGCGAGAACUUGGCCUUAGUCCUGAUGCUGUCUAUGUACUGUGCUACUCUUUGAUUCUACUUUCCAUUGACCUCAGUAGCCCUCAUGUGAAGAAUAAAAUGUCAAAGAGAGAAUUUAUUCGAAAUACUCGUCGUGCUGCUCAAAACAUUAGUGAAGAUUUUGUAGGGCACCUUUAUGACAACAUCUACCUUAUUGGCCAUGUGGCUGCAUAAAAGCACAAGUGCUAGGACUUCAACUUUUUACUUCACACUAAAGCUGCCCAAGGACGACUUUAGCAGAUAUGCAAGUUACAUCAGUGCUGGUCAUGCUAGCCUCUGUAUACAAUUAAGCUUGAGUGUACAACCUUUUUUCUUUUGCUACUUUCUUUUGUAGUAAUUUCCUUGGGGAACUAAAUAAUUUUGCAGAACUUUUUAAAAUUUUGCUCAUCAUAUUUUGCACAAAGCAGAGCCACUAUCUGACACAGCUGUUAAAGGAUGUUAAACUGACAUUAUACUCUAAAAGUUGUAUUGUGCAUUAGAUCUGCCUGUAAAACUCUAUCCAUUUCCAUUCUUUUUAAAAAUAUAUAUGUACAUAUUUAACUAAAGAGAUUUAUAAUCAUAAUUAUUUUAUUGUAAAGACUUUAAAGUUUUUCCUUUUCUUUCAAACUGAGUUCUAAAAUUUAUUUGAUUCUGAUCUGAGAUUAUUGUUGUCUUUUCAAAAGUUGGAUUUGACUUCAGAUAAAAACCAAUAACAUCUUCACUUUCUUUUGAACUUUGAAAAGAGUGUUGAUUUGUUACUAUACUACUAUGCAAAACUGGCACUUAUUUUUAUAAUAUAAAUUUAUCAUUUGAUUUUUCAUUUUUAAAAUUUCUGGGUUAGUCAAGUCUCAAUAAAUCCUUUAAAUCAUUUAGGAUAAAAAAAGUCAAAAUUUAAAGUUUACCCUCAUAAAAAUAAAAUGUUAUUAGAACUCUGGUAAAUCUUUGCUUGUCUAUAUCCGACAUAAUUAGUCAAAUUUUACUGUUUUCCUAAUCUUGAUGGUCUGUGUUCAGAAUCCAUUAAGGAAGGGAUAUUGUGAGUGAUCAUAAACACUCUUAUUCAUUUAUUCAGUUAAAUAUUUACGAAAGGACUUCCAUGUGCUAAGCACUGUGCUAGGUACUAGUGAUACUUAGACAUGGGCUCUACCUUCACAGAUGUUACAUGACUGGGUAAUGAGAAGAAAAAUACUGCCUAAUGGAGAAUAAAUUUAAGGAGUAUAUCUUAAUUAAAUUAUUUAAUAAUUAAAAUACACAAUAUUUUGGAAUGAUAGAGAACAAUGUAUUUAUACGUUGAGUUAAAAGUUACCUCUAAGUGAAAAGCAUAAGUUUUGGAAUGAUAUAGUAUUUGACGAAUAGAGCUGCUAGUUUAGGGGGGAGUGGGGGGGAUGAAAACUCCUUCCAUACUAGAGGUAUGGAAUGCUGGUUUCCUUCCAGAUCUGACCCUAAGUCAAUAGUGGUUGUUAAUAUUACAACUGGAAUGAUGUACUACAGAUUUUUCAAGGAUAAAACAUAAGGUAAUCAAUUUUUGAAUGUCAAAGGGACUUUUAGACUGGUAGUAAAUAAUUUCUAAGAUUCUGAAGCAAAUACCUAAAUUUUUAUAUGUACGUAAUUUUGAAUUUCAUGACAAAAUAAUUCUCUCUAAUUGAGUAUCUUUUUUUUUUUUUGUAUCCUUUGUUUUGCUAUUUCUUUUCCUUUUUCCUGUUUUAUUUUUCCACCCUGACCUGUGGGUUGGCAGUAUUCUUUUUUCCAACAUUUUCUUAUGGAAACUUUCAAACAUACAGAAAAGUUGAAGUAUUUUACAGAAAAUGCCUGUAUACUCACUACUUAAUUCUACAAUUAAAGUUUGACUAUAUUCUCUUUACCACGUA